GACAAAGCCAGCUACCUCCUCCAGAGCUGAUCAAACCAACCACCGGUGUCCGCCAUGGGAGAAGCUUCCCCUCUCCUCCACUUUCUCUUCGUCUCCUUCCCCGGCCAAGGCCACCUCAACCCCCUCCUCCGCCUAGCCAAGCGCAUCGCCUCCAAAGGUCCCCUCGUCACCUUCUCCACCACUCUCGAGCUCGGCCACCGCAUCUCCCCCUCCGCCGCCGCCGCCUCCCCAGGCGAAUCCGACUUAAUCCCCGUCGGCCGCGGCCUCCUCCGCUUCGAAUUCUUCGACGACGGCUCCGACCCCACCGACCCCCGCCGAUACGACCUCAGCAUCCUGAGGCCCCCGGCCCUCUCCCUCCUCAUUCACCGCCAAACCCUAGCCGGCCGACCCAUCUCCUGCCUCAUCAACAACCCCUUUCUUCCAUGGGCUCUCGACGUCGCCGAACAUUUCGGAAUCCCGGCCGCCGUUUUAUGGGUCCAGUCCUGCGCCGUCUUCUCCACCUACUACCAUUACCACCACAAACCCUCGGAUUUCCCGUCGGAAGGAAACCCUGAUGUCACGGUGAGUCUACCGGGCCUCCCGCCCAUGCGGCCCGACGACCUGCCCACAUUUCUCCUCCCUUCGAACCCAUAUAAGCCUCUUAAAAAUGUGAUUUUGGGCCAGUUCAAGAACAUCUCGAAGGCCCGAUGGGUUUUCGCCAACUCCUUCGAGGCGUUGGAGAGCGAUGCUUUCAAGGCUAUUGAGGGGAUAUCGCCGGUGAUACCUGUGGGGCCGCUGGUUGAGUCUGGUGAGCCGCAGGAGGAGAUUAAGGCCGAUUUGUGGAAGGCAGCGGAUGGCUGUAUUGGGUGGCUUGAUAGGCAGGAGAAGAGAUCUGUCGUGUAUGUAUCGAUGGGGAGCAUAGUUAUGUUGAGUUCGGAUGAGAUGCAUGAGCUCGCUUUUGGGCUUAAGAACUCCGGCUGGCCUUUUCUUUGGGUGGUAAGGGAGAACCUUCGAGAAUUACUUCCCGAGGGUUUCGAGGAAGAGAUAGAAAGAGAAGGGAGGAGUCUACUGGUGGAGUGGAGCCCACAGGAGAAGGUCCUGGCCCACCAAGCUCUGGCCUGCUUCGUCACGCACUGCGGCUGGAACUCAACCCUAGAACUCAUCGCCGCCGGUAUCCCGGCCGUCGCCUUCCCUCAAUGGGGAGAUCAAGUUCCCGACGCUAAAUUUCUCUGCGACGUCCACCGCAUCGGCGUACCCCUCCCCCUUCCGGCCGCUCGCGCUGAGAUCGUUCGUUCUCUCGCCGCCGCUAUCGACGGCCCGGCCGCCGAUGCGAUGCGGAAGCGCGCUCAGGAGUGGAAGGAGGUUGCUCGACUCGCCAUCGCUUCCGGCGGAUCAUCGGACCGUAACAUUGAAAGGUUUGUUGAUGAUGUGAGGAAAUGGGUGGCGAGCGGCGGCGGUACAGUUGUCGAUCCGGUCGUCGCAGCUUGUCCGGCCAUUCAGGGUUCGUGCGUCGUGGCUACGUAAACAUAUCAAUUAAGUCGGUGGAGGCUGAGCAGAG